GAGGCAGAAAAGUAUAUGUUUUAAAACCUCUCGUGACUGGGGGUACUUCUGAGAGAGUGUGCACCUCCGAUAAUUGGAAGCAAUCAACCACCGACGACUGUUCACUGUUGAGAAACCGUGAUUGGGCGUGUAAGUUGUUGAAGGAAGCAGAACAGCAACCCUGCUGCUAAGGGUCAGAUCAAGCAGAUCGAAAUCGGUGAAACAUUCCAGCAGUGUCGGCAACACUGCAAGUGACAAAGAGAAGGAACAUUUAGCGCAACUGUUGUGUAACAAUCGCCGUCACCCCCGUUCGAUGUGUGUUAAGUAAAAUGAUCAACGAAAGCCGCUAAUCCGCUACCGACAUUCACCGUGUGACAUAACCUCGAAACCAUGGAUCUACCAAAAGGAGCCAAAAUCACACACGCAGGUCUGCUGCAGCACACUCCCGAUGGCAAGAAGGAGAUCCAGAAGAUUACCCAGGCCGGGCUGGUCGCCCGGUCGCCGGAGGGGACUGCAGCGAAAGGGAUGAACAUCCGGGGCAACGAAGAUUUGUGGGUGGAGAUUCAGGCGAACACGUUCAAGAACUGGGUGAACGAGCACCUGCGGGAGUCCGGGAUGCAGGUCACGGACUUUCACGACGAUUUCUGCGACGGAACGUACCUGUGCGCGCUGGUCGAGGGCCUUCAGAAGCGUCCACUGAAGCCGUCCUGGAACAAGCGCCCCGCCAAUCAGCACCACUAUCUGGAGAACGCGACGACGGCGUUGAACGCCAUCGAAGCGGACGGGGUGAAGCUAGUCAACAUCGGGAACGUGGACAUCGUCAAUGGGAACGUGAAGCUGAUUUUGGGGCUGAUUUGGUCGCUGAUCGUGCGGUACCAGAUCGGUCGGAGCAAGUUCCCGCCGAGGAAGCUCAUGUUGGCGUGGCUGCAGGCCGCGCUUCCGGACUGUAAGGUUUCCAAUUUGACGUCGGAUUGGAAUAGUGGAGUGCUGCUGUCCGCGCUGUUGGACUACUGCGAGCCCGGGUUGUUCCCGCACUGGCGAACGCUGGAUGUUCACGAUUCGGUGCGGAACUGCGAGCGAGCGAUGAAUCUGGCUUAUGAAAGGUUCGGAAUACCGAAGGUGCUGGAGCCGGAAUACCUGGCGUCGGGUUGGCUGGACGAACUGUCCGGAAUGACGUACUUGUCGUACUUUAUGAAGCCUGACGGACCUGGGUACAACGCGACCAUGCGGUGGGUCAACAGUACGAUUAAGCGACCUGUGUCCAACUUCACGACGGACUUCAAUGACGGAAAAGUGUUCUGCGAAAUCAUCAAGGAUCUGGGCGGACCCGUGCCCGACCCGGCCAAGUUGAGCUCCGACCCCAUCAUGUGGGAGAGCAACCAGAACAAGGUCAUCGAGGGUGGCCUGAAGCUGGGCGUCAAGCCCGUCCUGUCCGCCAAGGACAUGGCAACGGCGGACGAGGAGCAUCUCGGAGUCAUGGCGUACACCACUUGGCUGCGCUGGGUGAUCCCGAGACCUCCGCUGGCGGACAUGUUCGCCGUUCAUCUGGAAAGCACUUCCGGACGAGUUGGCGAGCAGACCCGUUUCCGGGUGGAGGUGCUCUCGCGGGAGGUUGAGCUGUCCAAGGUGAAGGCGUACGUUGCGACGCCGAACAGCAACACGAUGCAGCCGGUGAAGUUGAACUCGAAGGGCGAAGGUUCGUACGUGCCGGACAAGUACGGAAUGCACGAGAUCGUGCUGGAGGUUGAUGAUAAUCAAUUGGGUGGUCAUUUCUUCCGCGUGUUGCCGCGCCUGGUGCACGUGGCCCCACCCGGGAUGGCUCCGUGCGCCCUCGGCAGUCUUGUCGAGGUGCUGGUUAACGCUACGGGUGCACCGAAGUCGGAGGACAUCCUGGUGACGGCGUACAGCCCGUCGGGGCGUCCGCUGAAGUGUCCGCUUAAGAAGCUGGACCCGGGACACAGUGCCAUAUUCAAGCCGGACGAGGCCGGCGUCUGGGAGAUUGCCAUAACGUACCAGGGGCGCCACAUCCAGGGCGGACCGUUCACGUGUUCCGUGUUCGAUCCGUGCGGCGUGUCGGUGCACGGACUGGACGGUGCCAUGCCGCUGCGGGCGCACUCGUUUGAGGUGGACGCCCGCGGGGUCGGGGUGAGCGGGGAGCUGCACGUGGACAUUGUGCACGAGAAGCGCUCGCUCGUUUGCUCGGUGGAGAAGCUGCAGGAGAACAAGUACCAGGUGACGUUUCUACCGCGGCAGAACGGGAAGCAUCGCGUUUACAUCUACUUCAAUGGGUACGAUGUGAAAGGAUCACCGUACAUUAUGCGGGUUGGAAGUAAGGGUCGCUCGGGAAAGACUAGAAGUAGCCCUAGUCACGACAACCGAAUGAGAUCGGAGAGCCCGUCGUAUCAUUUCAACAGCUCUUCGUUGAACAGGAAGAACGAGUCUUCGCUUAAGCGUGAAAUUUACUCUCCGCAGACGGUCCAAACUACCAGGGAGACGUACAGUAGCCGUGUUACGUCUCCGUUACGCGAGAGUCCUUCGCCGAGGGAGAUCCAACGCAGCGAGUUUAAGAAUCUAUCGACCGACAAUAUUGACUAUGGGUUCAAGAAGAGCACGGAAAUGUUGGCGAGUGACUUCAAGACUCCCCCGAAGGACGACGCGUACAACUACGUUAAAACUAUUCGUACGGAAAAUCACGUAACGAAGACGAUCCGCUCGCAUCGCGACUCGGAAAGCCCGAGCCUGAUCCGCGCUAGUCCAGGGCUGAAGAGUCCGCAGACGGUGUCUUCAACGAUCUACGAAACCAACUCAAGAAAUGCUACCGCUAGUCCCAAGUUCUUCACUUCAACGACCCGUUACGUCCCGUCCCCGGUAGAUCACCGCAUCUCCAGCCCAAUCAACAUGCACGAAAAGAACGAAACGUACAAGGUAACCGAGCGUGAGUCCUCGUACAAGAGCACCAUCACGCGCGACGUAGUCCGCGAUAGUCCAACGAUUGACAUGUACAAGACCGCCCCGUCUGCCGUAGACUACUCGUCCAACAUUCGGGUGACCGCAAACAACAACGGACCGUCGCGUCGUGACAGCCGCGACGUAAUCAACAAAACCAAGCACAUGUUUUCGCACAACUCGCUGGAAUCGCUGGCCAAUCUGACCGAGAAGCAACUCAACACGGACCUGACGUACGACCGCGCCGUAGACAGCCAGACCGAGAAAAACACACACUUUAACAAGUUCUCGCUGGGGGAGAACAACCACCGUCCCGCCGACCGCAAGAUCAUCGAAGACGAGGGCUUGUACCGUCCCGGGGGUUACCUAAAGAACUACAAAACGGAAUCGUCGUCGAACGAGCGGUACGAAAAGUACACCACGCUGAACAGCGGCUUCGAGCCGAUCGGGCGGGACGUCACCGGGGCGCGGGCAAUCCGCGUCCAGGACAUUCCGGACGGCGUACUCGGCAGACCGGUGGAGUUUGAGAUCGACGGCUCGCAGGCCGGCUCGGGCAACCUGGAGAUUCUGGUCAACGGGGGGCGCGUCACGUCGGCCGUCCGAGCCCUCGGCAAUCAGCGCUUCAUCGCGAGCUUCACGCCGCACGAGUCCGGCGUGCACACGGUGCAGAUCACGUUCAACGAGGAAACCGUGCCCGGGUCACCGUGGAAUAUCAACAUCAUGUCCUCGCCGGGGCUGACCGCGCUCGGUGAAUCCACCCGGCUGGUGCCGGCCAACGUGCCGGCGGUUUUUGAAGUGCUGCCGCCUCCUGGGGCCUCGAUCCGGGGCAGUGACUGCGUCGCGACGGUGCUCUCGCCCAGCAAGAGCAAGGUCAACGCGCGCGUCACCCACGAGGCGGCCAACGGGGCACUCCGGAUCGAGUUUGUCCCGGCCGAGGUCGGCACGCACAUUAUUGAGGCCUCGAUUGGGGGCACCACGUUGGUGGGCGGGCCACUCAUCGCCAAGGUGUACGACUCGAGUCUGAUACAGGUGACGGACGUCAACGGGGGAGUUGUUGGGCAGCCGUGCCAGUUCCGGGUGGAUGCCAGCGCUGCGGGCGAGGGUCAGCUGGAGAUUUCCAUCAACGAGGGAGAAGUGCCGAACCACGUGCAGGUUGUGGGUGGUGGGAGAUGUUUAGUUUCGUUCACACCGGAACAGGCCAAGCCGCACCUGAUCGAUAUCAAGUUCAACGGAGAAACCGUCAUUGGAUGUCCGUUCGUGUGCUCCGUGGCCGACACUAGCCGAGUUCUGCUCAACCUGUCCAACCUGGAACUGAUUCCGGUAAACCGACCUGCCUCGUUCCACAUCACGGUCAGUGGUGGAGGAGCGGCCGAGCUGGCCGUUAGCGUUCGUGGACCCCAGGGAGAACUGCCGGUUCGCGUGACCGGAGAUAUUCACGCCGGCUUCACGGCUGAAUUCACCCCGAACCAUGUAGGGGCGCACACGAUCAACGUUGAGUACAACGGCUACCCCGUACAGGGAACGCCCUUCGUGGCCAAGUCGUACGACGCGACCAAGGUAGCGGUCGGAUCAGUGUCCAAGGGCACCGUUGGCAGACCGGUUCAGUUCACCGUCGAUGCCGGAGACGCCGGCGAAGGAAAUCUGGAGAUUACGAUCUCCGCCAAAGGCCAUAACAUCCCCACCCAGGUGCACCCACAAGGAAAUGCCAAGUUCGCCGUCUCGUUCGUCCCGGCGGAACCGUGCGAGCACAUCAUCAACGUCAGCUUCAACAAGAUGCUCGUGCCGGGCUGCCCGAUCACGGUCAUUAUCAACGGGGGAACAACCGGACCGCAGGUGUCCCUCGGGGGACCCGGUCCGCUCCACUUGCCCAAUUCGCUAAUCAUAAACCACGCCGGAGGCCGACUGGAGGACAUCGAGGUCAACGUCGAAGGACCGUCCGGCCAUUCGGUGCCAGCGCAGGUCCUGCAGACGGCGGAUGGAGUGUUCAAGGCGGAGUUUGUGCCGCGGGUCGUUGGAGAGCACCGCGUCAGCGUGACCGUCGAGGGACAACCGACGGUGGGCAGCCCGUACUCGGCGAAGGUCUACGACGUCACCGCGAUCAAGGUGAAGAACGUCAACAAUGGUACCGUCGGCAAGCCGGUCGUCUUCUUGGUGGAAACCUCCCAGGCCGGGCCCGGAAAUCUGGAGGUGACGGUCAACGGGGGGCGCGUGCCGACGUCGGCGCAGGCCCAGGGUCAGCACACGUACGCGAUCAGCUUUACACCGCGCGAGGCCCAGAACCACACCGUCGAGCUGCGCUUCAACGGGCAGGACGUGCCGGGCAGUCCGUUCACCUGCAAGGUAUCCCCGGCGGCCCGCAUCGUCACGAACGACCUGAUGGACAAGGUCAGCGUGGGCCACGUGUUCGAGUUUCUGGUCGAGUCGGACAUUUCACCGGUGGUGGAGGUCCUCGGACCAGCUCGUCGAGCGGUUCGCGCCGACGUGGUUCCGGCGCCCGCCGGCUACAAGGUCAAGUUCGAGCCCAUCGAAGUGGGCGAUCACUCGGUUGAAGUGCGCCUCCCGGGCAGUGGCCACGUCGAGGGCAGCCCGUUCCUGCUGAAGGCCUAUUCCGCGGAGAAGGUGGUGGUUACGGAUAUCCGGCCGGGGGUUGUCGGGAAGAGCGUCAGCUUCGGGAUCAACGCUAGCCAGGCUGGAGCGGGAAAUCUGGAGAUCAUCGUGGCGGUUGGCGGGAAGAACGUGCCGAACUUUGUGCAAUCGGAGGGCAAUGCACGGUUUAAGGUGAACUUUAAGCCGACGGAAGCGGCGACGCACUCGCUGUCGGUCAGGUUCAACGGGUACCCGGUGCCCGGGUCGCCCUUUGCUUGCCACGUGACGCACGCUCCGGUUUCGCUGUCCAAGGCGAUCGCCAGUGGGGAGUGCUUGCGUCAAGCUCCGGUCAAGUGCGAGAACAUAUUUGAGCUGGAGGGAUUCGACGGGAUCGAUCCUCAGGUGUUGAUCACAUCUCCGUCGGGGGAUACCGUUUCUUGCCGAGUGACUUGCAGGGAUGAGGUUCACUUUGCUUCGUUUGUACCGACUUCGGUUGGGCGGCACUUGAUCAGCGUGACGGCGAAUGAUCAGCACAUUAAUGGUUCGCCGUUUUCUUGCAACGUCUUCGACGUCUCACGGGUUGCGAUCAGCGGGCUUGAUCAUCAUAACACGAUGGCUUCGUUGGGAGUUCCACUGACGUUCAGCGUUGACGCCGCCGGUGCUGGCGAAGGAACGCUGGAACUGGUGGUAUCAACGGCAACAAGCACGGUUAAGGCCGAAGUUACGGCCUGCGCUAGAGGUCUGUACGACGUAACGUUCGUGCCACAAACUUGCGAGGCCCACUUUGUCAACAUCACGUUCAACGACUUGCCGGUGGAUGGAAGUCCGUUCCGCUGCGAGGUUCAGCAAAACACCCAGAACGUCCAGGUCGGCAACAGCACCUUCAUCGAGCUGAUCGGCGACGAUCAAACCGUUGAGAUUUACGACCCGGAGAACAAGAUGGUACCGUUCACGCUGUCUCGCAAGUCGGCCGAGUUCAAGGCGACCAAAAUCGGCAGCUACAUCAUUCGCUACGUGGACGCGGAAACGCGAUCGUUCAUCGCCGCUCGCACCAUCAACGUGUUCGACCCGUCCAUGGUCAAGAUCAUCGAGGUCAGCGAGGCGUACUGCCACAAACCGGCUUCGCUUGCGGUUUCGAUCGCCGAUGCUGGCACUGGGACGCUCACUUCGGUGGUUCGCUGCGGAGGGCUUGAGGUUCCGCACUCGAUUCGGGGACCCACCAAGAACGGAACGUGGGAGAUUGUGUACCAUCCAACGCGCGUCGCUCCGCACAAGAUCAUGAUCCUGUACAACCAGGUGCCGAUUGCGAGCAAACCGAUUGAGAUCAACGUGUUGGCGCCGGCUAUGAGCAAGGAGAUCACCGUCAACGGACUGGGGCUGUACCAGGCCCGCGUCGGCAAGACGACGUCGUUUGCCAUCGACACCGUUGGUCACCCGGCACGCGAGUUUGACGUGGUCGUGUCCGGCCCGGGAGGUCAAGCGCUACCGGUGCGUUGCUACCAGACCAAGGGUGGCCAUCUGCAGGCCGAGUUCACCGUGCAGAAGGUUGGGCAAUGCUUGAUUGACGUGCUGCAUCAAUCGAAACCUUUGCCGGGAAGCCCGUACACGUGCGAGUCGUACGAUCCUUCCAAGAUUCACCUGCAGAAUGUGCCCAAGAUGAACCUGUGCACCAACUCGCCAAUCUCCUGGCACGUGGAAUCCGAAGCGGCCGGCGUAGCGGAAAUCGAGGUGACGGUACUCUCGCCAACCGGCCAGAACGUCCCGGUCAAGCUGACCCAGCAGGAGGAUUACGUGCACCAGAUCGAGUUCUUGCCGCUGGCUGCCGGUCACUACAAGGCGACGGUGGUCUAUGGAGGGGAAACUGUGCCCGGAUCGCCGAUCACGUUCGCCGUGCAGGCUAUUGGCAGCAAGACCGACAGCCACGCGUCCGGAAAUGGGCUGGAGGUGGCGCACCGCGGCAAGGAGACUUCGUUCGUGGUGUUCUGCCCGUCGAUGCCGAACGUGCAGAUCGAGCGGUGCGACGAGCAGGCGGAGAGGAUCGAGCCGAAGAUCAAGAAUUUGGGCAAUAACGAGUGGAAGAUCUUCUACACCAUUUUGACGGUCGGGGAGUACGAGAUUAGGGCCAGUUGUACGAAUCGUGGGCCACUGCCGGGAUCGCCGUGGACGAUCGCGUGUUUGGAUCCGUCGAAGGUGGCCCCGAUUGGAGGUUGGGGAAGUCUGCUGGAUAGCAAUGGUAAGCUGCUGCUGCCGACGAAGAUCGCGUUCGAUACGAGCAUGGCUGGACCGGGAGAGUUGACCUGUUACGUGGACAACAACGAGAUUAGCGUUGAAAAACAAGGAAACGGAAGAAGUCUGAUGUUUUUGACGGACGACGGGCUGGCCAAGGGAGAGCACAGCUUUGACUUGACGUGGUCGGGACUUCCGAUCUCGCAGAGUCCUGGCUAUGUGUUUGUCACAGGCAAUUCAUCCGCCGCCGAUAAGGUGGUCCUCACAGGUCGAGGACUGACCUCCGCUCAAGUUGGUGAAAUUUCCCACUUCACGAUCGACGCCACCGAAGCGUUAUCCGGCAAACCCGAAGUUCAGAUGACCUUCGACGACGGCGAAGCCCUUUCGGUGACCCUCCUCCAGCCCCGCCCCAACGAACUGAUCUGGCUGGCGUCGUACAACCCGCACAAAUCCACCGGUGGUCCGCUCAACCUGACCGUCGAAUGGAACGGUCGCAUGAUCAAGGGCUGCCCGCUCACAAUCUCCGUUGGACCGGCCGUUGACGCGGCCAAGGUACUCUGCUCGGGCGAGGGUCUUCGCAACGGCGUCGUCGGUCGCGACAUCAAGUCCUGGAUCGACACCCGACGGGCCGGUCCCGGCGAACUUACCGCACACUGCUCAGGCCCGCGCAAGGUCGCGUACUGCGAGUUGUACGACCACGGCGAUGCCACGUUCACGCUGAACGUCAAGCCCCAAGAACCCGGACGGCACACGCUCACGAUCAAGUACGGUGGCCAACACGUGCCCGGAUCGCCGUUUACGCUGCGAGUCGCCGGGGCUCCCGACGCUAGCAAGGUGCGCGUGUACGGACCCGGAAUCGAGCACGGCGUGCUCGCAACCUUCCAGUCGAGGUUCAUCGUGGACACGCGUGGAGCCGGGGCGGGUCAGCUGACGGUGCGCGUGCGGGGUCCGAAGGGAGCGUUCCGCGUAGAGAUGCAGCGGGAAAGCCAGAAGGAUCGAACCAUUUUGUGCAAGUACGAUCCCACCGAGCCCGGAGAUUACCGCGUCGAGGUCAAGUGGGCCGGCGAGCUGGUGCCCGGAUCGCCCUUCCCGGUGCUAAUCUUCGACACCCAGGAGGAGCUCAAGCGAUUCUUGCACGUCAAUUAAUUGUAUCGUAACAUUUUUAAAGUAUUUUUUGUGCAGUUUAUAUUUUUACGCGUAAGAUGUUGACUAAUUUAUUAGACAAGAGUUACGAAAUAUUACAAAAUAAAAGAAAAACAGAAGAAAAGACGUUUAAUAUUUACAUCGAUUACAUUUAUUGCAUAAUUUAAUUUUUUUUGCUGUAAUAAAAAUGACCAAUUAGAUUAAAA